UCAGGGCUGGUGUACACAGAGGAGGAAUGGGAGAGAGAAUGGAACGAGCUGCUAAAACUAGCUUCUAGUGAACCGCGUACACACAGCAGCAAGAACAACAACAAUACUGUAGGGGUGGAUAACUCAGAGGACCCUGUGUAUGAGAGUCUGGAGGAGUUUCAUGUGUUUGUCCUGGCUCACGUGCUGCGUCGACCAAUCAUAGUGGUGGCUGACACCAUGCUACGGGACUCAGGGGGAGAGGCAUUUGCCCCCAUCCCGUUUGGAGGGCUGUACCUGCCCCUGGAGGUGCCUCCUAACCUGUGCCACUGCUCCCCCCUGGUCCUAGCUUACGACCAGGCACACUUCUCUGCCCUGGUGUCCAUGGAGCAGAAGGACCAGCACCAAGAACAAGGUAAGACAGACGACUGGAAGUUGACUCCUAAUGUGACUGGGAAUGUCCUAAUGUGUAUACCAUAACUCCUAAGGAGACUGAGGAUGUCCUA